AUGUCAUCAGGAUCGAAGAGGAGAAUUGGGGAAGCAUUUGGAAACAGCGAUCGAGACAAGCACCAAAACAACAAGACUAAUCAACACUUGAGUCCAGAGGAACAACUUGCACAAGCUGUGAGCCGUCUUGAAGAUAUCAGAAACGGAACGGAUGAUGAGCUCAUUAGGGAGUCGGAGGAUCUCUCGCGGAAACGAGAUGAACAGCUCAAUGCACUGCUGGCGAAAGGGAGUGGAGGACACAGCAAAGGAAAUCUCUCGCGGUCCUCGGUGGAAGCACAGCGAAGAACGAUAUGUGACGAGUUCGAGAGCGCACGCGCAAAGGCACAAGAUCGCUUGAGAACAGAAAUGGAGACUUUGCAACAAUGGGCUCAAGGGGAGAUCGAAACUGCUGCCAAUUCCGGCAUGACCUCAAGGGUCAGGCGCAAAACUCGGGCGAGAGGAGAAGCUGACGGUUUCCUGGCUGAUCGUGAGAAGGCCUCGAGUAUCAUAUACCGACUUCAAGAGCUGCAACAGCGCGUCAUCCUCACAAAGGAUGACCUUGACCGAGAUCUUGACACAUUGAGAUCCAAGGCGCCUAAGACAGAGAAAGAAUCAUCGAAAACAGCGAAAACAAAGCAAGCGGAGGAAGAUCAUUCGGGAAAGAAGACAAAUCCAUCCUCAAAGGCCCCUGUUUCUAGCAAUUCAGCUCCCUCAAAAGCAAAUACUUCUUCAUCGAAAUCGGACAAAACGGCUAACAAAUCUGAGAAAUCCGCUCCAGCUACUAAUGACAAGACGAGCAAACCGGCUUCAUCUUCCUCAAAGUCAAACACCAACACAAGCGCUAAGGCUGGAAGCAGCAGCAAGGCAAACAAUGCUCAAGCCAACGGCAAGGGAACUGCCGAGAAGUCAGCUCGUCAGGAUCGGGCUGAGAAUCGAGCAGGGAGCUCGAGCGUGUACACAUCGAAGGGAGUGCUGUACAUGGACAAGGAGAGGUUCGAGAAAGGCGAUGCUGUCAGCGUGAUCUUGGAGGACGGAACUUCGAUCAAGGGAACGAUCAACACUAUCAACUCGUUGGAGUUGCGAAUUCAGCAGAGUGAGGGAGACAGCAUCUCAAAGGUGUACCUCAGUCACUUGAAGAACAAGAAAGCUUCUCUCCACAAGCAGGAGGAAUCUUGA